CUUUUUUCACUCUCGCACGGUUCUGAAACCAUCCCCAACACCACGACCACAUCUGUAAUAACCCUCAAAUCAUCACUGCCUUUUCUUUUUUAUUUAAACCUCGUACAUCAAUCAGAUUAUUUCAUCAAAACUGAGGUAAGCAGUGACAUCGCUCUCCCGUUAAUCCCGUGAUCUACAACGUUGAAACCUUUCUUCUCCUUUUGAUUAGUCUCUAUUACCAAACCUCAACCCUCUGUUUCUGUCCUUCUUAGUUUUUUUUUUGUAAAAAAGUCCUCCUAUGUGUUCUUAGAUAAAUGGAUCCAAACUUCUCUCUCAACGGCUUCGAGUAUUUGGACGAGAGUCUCUUCCUCGAUUCAUCUUCUUCAUCACUUGAUUUCGACCAAAACCCUAGCUUCCUCUCUCAUCCUCAAACUCACCAACCCGAUGAAACCGAUUCCUCCAACACACUGCUUCGUUACGUGACUCAGAUCCUCAUGGAAGAGAGCGUUGGAGACAAGCAAUCCAUGUUCUACGACUCCUUAGCCUUGAGAAAAACAGAGGAGAUGUUGCAGCAAGUGAUCUCAGAUUCAAAAGCUCACUCCUCUAACUCUGUGGUUACUACUACUAGUGAUGCAAGUAGUAGCUUACCUGUGAAUGAGAUUAUUGUCAAGAGUAUGUUUAGUGAUGACGCUGAAUCUGAUUUACAGUUUAGGAGAGGGCUUGAGGAAGCUAGAAAGUUUCUUCCCAACAGCGACCAAUGGGUUUUCAAUCUAGUUAAAGAAGAGGUUGUGGGAUCAGAUCUCUCGAGAGUUAAGAAGAGUCAUCACGAAAGAGAGGUUCUUGAUCUUGAUGAAGUUAGGAGUAGUAAGCAGUCUGCAACGAGUGUUGAAGACGUGGAGGUUACGGAUAUGUUUGAUAAGGUUCUGCUUCUUGAUGGUGAAUGCGAUCCACAAACAUUGUCAGAGAACAACAUGAGUAGUAAUAACAACAACAAGAAGAAUAAGAACAAGACCAAGAAGAAGAAGAAGAGUCAGGUUAUUGAUUUUCGUACACUACUCACUCACUGCGCACAAGCUAUCUCCACAGGAGACAAAACCACAGCUCUUGAGUUGCUGUUACAGAUAAGGCAAGACUCGUCUCCUCUCGGCGACGCCUCUCAGAGACUAGCUCACUGUUUCGCCAACGCACUCGAGGCGCGUCUACAAGGCACCACUGGUCCUGUGAUCCAGACUUACUACAACGCUAUAACUUCCUUGAAAGAGACAGCUUCAGAUAUACUAAAAGCUUAUAGAGUCUACCUCUCUUCGUCUCCCUUUGUCACUUUAAUGUACUUCUUCUCCUUCAGGAUGAUUCUUGACGCUGCUAAAGACGCUAAGGUGCUUCACAUAGUCGACUUCGGGAUCCUCUACGGGUUCCAAUGGCCUAUGUUUAUACAGUACAUGUCGGGGCGUAAAGACGUUCCUAGGAAGCUACGGAUUACUGGUAUAGAGCUGCCUCAACGAGGGUUACGUCCUGCUGAACGUAUAGAGGAGACAGGGAGGAGACUGGCUGAGUAUUGUAAAAGGUUUAACGUACCGUUUGAGUAUAAAGCCAUUGCGUCUCAGCACUGGGAGACCAUACGGUUAGAUGAGUUUGAUAUCAGACCGGGUGAGGUUUUAGCGGUUAACGCUGGUUUAAGGCUCAAGACUCUUCAAGAUGAGACAGGUGGUGAAGAGACGUGUCCGAGAGAUGAAGUUCUGAAGCUGAUAAGGAGGAUGAACCCUGAUGUCUUUGUCCACGCCAUUGUUAACGGUUCAUUCAACGCACCGUUCUUUAUAUCCCGGUUUAAAGAAGCGGUUUAUCACUACUCUGCUCUGUUUGAUAUGUUUGAUUCGACGUUGCCUAGGGAUAACCAGGAGAGGAUUAGGUUUGAGAGGGAGUUUUAUGGGAGAGAGGCGAUGAAUGUGAUAGCGUGCGAGGAAGGGGAUAGGGUGGAGAGGCCGGAGACGUAUAGGCAGUGGCAAGUGAGGAUGGUUAGGGCAGGGUUUAAGCAGAAACCGGUUAAGGCUGAGAUGGUUGAGUUGUUUAGGGAGAAGCUGAAGAAGUGGAGGUAUCAUAAGGACUUUGUGGUUGAUGAGAAUAGUAAAUGGUUGUUGCAAGGGUGGAAAGGUCGGACUCUUUAUGCUUCUUCUUGUUGGGUUCCUGCUUAGUGCUUUUUUUUGUUACACAAAGAUCAUGUAAUCUUAGGAAUAUAUAUAUAUACACA